AAAAUAAUAAUUUAUCGGCUGAUGCAAAAGAUAAUGAUAAUAUGUUAGCUAAUAAUUUGAAAAUAGGUUUUUUAAAUAAUUGGAAUGUUGAAAUAAAUAGUUUAGAUUUUAUAGAACUAUUAAAUUAUGAAAUAAAUGAUAAAGAAAUAACAUUAGAAAAAGAAAGUAUAAGCGAUAAAAUUCAACAUGAUGAUAAUCUUAAUUUUAAUCAAAAAUUACAAAAAUUAGAACAAAUUCUUUCUAAUUAUAAUAAAAAACAAAAUGUAAA